UUGGACCGACAAACCCGUCAGUAUUGGGUCCGGAGAAACGUGCGAUCUCCAAGUAUCAGACCCAAUCGUCUCUGCUAUUCAUUGUCGUUUUUACGCGAAAUACAAGGCGACGACUGGCUAAUUUACUGCGAGGAUCUGAGCAAGAAUGGAACGUUCUUUAACAAACGGAGAAUGGGAAAGGACCAAAACAUAAUUUUGCUUGAUGGCUGUACCAUUCACUUGAAUAGCGAGCUAGGCUAUACGUUUGUUCAAUCCUACCCGCCCACUUCCCAUACUGAGAAGAUGUACCCUGUGAACCUGGACAACGAAUAUAAACUGACUGAGAAACGACUUGGCUACGGAUCUCAAACUAAGAUUGUUCUUGCCUCAGCAAUUGAUCAUGAUACCAAACAAUUUGCUUGCAAGAUAAUCAAUAUCAAGAGUCUUGUCAAGGAGCUCGCUGAAAAAGUCAAGAUACAAUUAGCUAUCAUUAGACACGUACAACAUCCUUGCAUUCUAAAGGCAAUUAAGGUCAACCUACUUUCGGAAGAUAAUGCCUUUGUGAUAAUGCCGAUAUACCAAGGUGGCACUCUGCAGGAUUUUGUUCUCCAGCGACAACGUUUACCAGAGAAUGAAGCACGUUUCAUCUUUUAUCAACUUAUUCGAGGAAUUAUUAUUAUUCAUCGCGAUUUGAAGCCUGAAAACAUUUUUCUUGCUAGGGACAAGCAGUUCCCUCGCAUUGUCAUUGCCGAUUUUGGACUUGCCGCAUGGAUGACAGAAACGUCAUUUCUCUCUGAAGAUGUAGGAACUCUUGCCUACAGUGCUCCCGAAUUGGUGGAAGGCAAGCAAUACAACGCGCAGAUAGAUGACUGGAGCAUCGGUGCGAUUUUGUAUUUUUUGUUGACUAGCAGGCAUGCAUUUGCCUUAGAUGGCGCUGAGGACGAGGAUAUACAAAAACUAGUCCUAAGUGGAAACUACGACACAAGUAAUCCAGUUUGGCCCGAAGUUAGCAGUGAAGCCAAGAAGUUGAUAGGAGAACUAUUAGCAGUAGAUCCCAAAACCCGUAUACGAGCAGGCAGCUGUCUUCAGAGCGAAUGGAUUUUAAAAGACUUGGAUAUGCUUGAGCGGAUUUAUCUGGCUACGGAGUCUGAAGUUCCAUAGCCAUCAUGUACAGCCAGCUCAUAAUUUUAUCUCUCCAAUCCA